AUGGCUCCCGCCUCCGAUCGCACGGAGUCUGACCCUCGCCGCAAGCGUCCCGGUCGCGUGCCCAGGGUGGAGGAGGCCAUCUCCAACCCCGGCGCCGUGAAGAUCAAUGUCACGGGCGCGUUCAUCGUCGACGACGACGACCGCUCCCGAAGCCCCGUCGAGGCCGAUGGCGUGCACUACGAAAACAAGGAUAUCCGGCUUCCUCACCAUACGGGUGUCGUGAGCCACGUCGCUGUCGAUAUUGGCGGAUCGCUUGCGAAGCUCGUUUACUUUACUCGGGAGCUCGACGCGGAGGACAAUGGCGGUCGCUUAAACUUUAUCAACUUCGAAACCCACCGGAUCGAUAUCUGCAUCAACUUCAUCCGCCAGCUCAAGGAGGAGCACGAACAGCGCAAUGGCAGAUCGCGCGAUGAGCUGUGCGUUGUUGCAACUGGAGGUGGUGCGUUCAAGUUCUACGAUAAGCUCAAGGAGGCGCUGGACGUCAACAUUCUGCGGGAGGAGGAGAUGGAAUGCCUGAUCAUCGGCCUGGACUUUUUCAUCACCGAAAUUCCCAACGAAGUGUUCACCUACAGCGAUGCCGAUACCGAACCGAUGCAGUUUGCUGAAGCCCGGCCGGACGUCUAUCCGUAUCUUCUGGUCAACAUAGGGUCCGGCGUGUCCAUGAUCAAGGUGUCCGGCCCCAGACAGUACCAGCGUGUCGGGGGUACACAUCUCGGCGGCGGAACUUUCUGGGGUCUGAUGUCCCUCCUGACGGGUUCCCGCACCUUUGACGACAUGCUGGCCAUGGCGGAUCGCGGCGACAACAGCGGCGUGGACAUGCUGGUGGGCGAUAUCUACGGGAUGGACUACACCAAGAUUGGACUUAAGAGCACAGCCAUUGCCAGCACAUUCGGCAAGGUCUUUCGCUUGAAGAAUGCUGCCGAGCGGGGUGCCGAGGACGGCGAGGGCCUGUAUCACGACGAUGACCCGGAGCAGACCAACGGCGGUGUCAAUUUCAAACACGAAGACAUGAGCCGAAGCCUCCUUUAUGCUAUCAGUAACAACAUUGGCCAGAUCGCUUAUCUCCAGUCGGAGAAGCAUGAGGUCAAGCACAUUUACUUCGGCGGCUCCUUCAUUCGCGGUCACCGCCAGACCAUGAACACCCUCUCCUACGCCAUUCGCUUCUGGUCCAAGGGUGAGAAGCAAGCAUACUUCUUGCGACACGAGGGCUACCUGGGUGCGGUCGGCGCUUUCAUCCGACGACAGCCACAGAACUGGGGUCGCAGGAACAGCAUCGACGACAUGGUGGCACCGCAGGCGGUCCGUAACCUCGUCCAAAACAAUGUUCUCAACCAGACACAGAACAGCCAGGCCAGCUCAUCAUAGCGGACAAGCGCGGCCCUUCUAUAUCUUCACCCACUUCUGAAGCACUGAUACCCCCUUCUAUACUUCAUCAACCUUCCACCAUCCGUUGGUCUCUCCGGACUUGAAAAUAGCACGCCUCUUUUGGUCUGAUAGACGUGCUAAAUGCAUCUGCAUGGCGUUCGUUACUCCAACCGCC